CGGCAAGUUCGCGCGCUAUCCCGGUUAUCGCCCUCUGAACUCCUCUAUGAUUUGUAAACAGUCUCGAUGGCGUUGUAUUCUCAUUCCAUUCGUUCACCUCGUCGUCUAUUUACUCGCUCGUCUAACCACUCGAUCCCUACGAUGUGUUAAUCAGCGUAGUUAUCAAAAGCAAACGCUGUUCACUCAAAUAUUUCUAAUAGAGACUGUAUUCUUGUCUUGCUACUCAUCUAGUCAGAAGAUAUGAGAACGGGUCUACUCGUAUUAUUUUCUAUAUCCUGUAUAUAUUCUGUAGAACAUGAUUCGAUAUGUGACGAUGAAGAUAGUUGUCCGGAACCGACACACACAGUGAUUCGGUUAGCAAAAAGGGACGACGAAUUGGCACGGAAGCUAGCCGCCGAGCAUGGAAUGCUAGUGCGGGGUGAGCCGUUCCUUGAGAGCCACUACUUCUUAUACCACAAAGAUGAGUCACAUUCUCGUCGAAGAAAACGAGCCGCUGUGCAGCGGUUAGAUGCUCACCCUGCUGUCGAGUGGUUAGCUGAGCAACGACCUCGGCGGCGGACGAAAAGAGACUACGUUUAUGAAGAUGACCAUGUUGUUGAGGGAGAGAGCCGAAUUUCAUCUAGUCGUAGCUCUACACUGCAAAGGCGAGCUACCGAAGGCUCAUCGCAUGUACAACGACGGCAAAGUAGAUUGGAACCACCGCGUGAGAUUCCUCGUUUACCGUUUCCUGACCCGCUCUACCAAGACCAAUGGUAUUUGGUAGGAAGGGCGGUAGGAAACUAUGAUAUGAACGUUCGAGAAGCGUGGCUUAUGGGGUACGCUGGCCGUAAUGUAUCGGUAUCGAUUCUUGAUGAUGGAAUUCAAAGGGACCAUCCUGAUCUCAUUACAAAUUACGAUCCACUUGCCAGCACCGACAUAAACGAUCAUGAUGAUGACCCCACACCUCAGAAUAAUGGUGAUAAUAAGCAUGGAACUCGAUGUGCCGGCGAAGUGGCAGCAAUAGCUGGUAACCAACACUGUGGUGUUGGAGUAGCUUUCAAAGCAAAAAUUGGAGGAGUUCGCAUGCUUGAUGGAGCUGUGUCUGAUAGUGUCGAGGCUGCUUCGCUAUCACUCAACCAGCAACACAUUGAUAUCUAUUCGGCGAGUUGGGGACCUGAAGACGAUGGCAAAACAUUUGAUGGUCCAGGACCACUGGCCAGAGAAGCUUUCUACCGAGGAAUCAAAAAUGGUCGACGUGGAAAAGGAAACAUCUUUGUGUGGGCCAGUGGAAAUGGUGGCUCAAGACAAGAUUCCUGCUCUGCUGACGGAUAUACGACAUCAGUUUACACCUUGUCCAUCUCAUCCGCUACGUACGAUAAUCACCGACCUUGGUACCUGGAAGAGUGCCCAUCAUCAAUUGCUACCACGUACAGCUCUGCUAACAUAAACCAGCCUGCUAUUGUAACCGUUGAUGUUCCUGCUGGAUGUACAAAAAUGCACACUGGCACAAGUGCAUCUGCACCUCUGGCUGCUGGAAUAAUUGCUCUUGCACUGGAAGCAAACCCUGAUCUCACCUGGAGAGAUAUGCAACACAUCGUUUUGCGUACAGCUAAUCCUACUCCUUUGCUUGGAAAUCCGGGUUGGUCCCAAAAUGGUGUCGGAAGAAUGAUAAGUAACAAGUUCGGAUAUGGUUUGAUGGACGGAGGUGCACUUGUAAAAUUGGCCAGAACCUGGAAGACCGUUCCGGAACAGCACAUUUGCACAUAUGAAUACAAAUUGGCAGCUCCAAAUCCACGACCCAUCAAUGGUCGCUUUCAAAUGAACUUUACUCUCGAUGUUAAUGGUUGUGAAUCAGGAACGCCUGUUCUGUAUCUGGAACAUGUCCAAGUUCAUGCUACAGUGCGGUACUCAAAGCGCGGCGAUCUGAAACUGACAUUGUUUUCUCCGUCGAAUACAAGAUCAGUUUUGCUGCCACCCAGACCACAAGAUUUCAACACCAACGGUUUCCACAAAUGGCCAUUCCUUUCCGUACAACAAUGGGGAGAGGAUCCUCGUGGAACAUGGAUUCUCAUGGUAGAAAGUGUGACAAACAAUCCGUCAGCCACAGGAACCUUCCAUGACUGGACGUUGUUACUGUAUGGCACGGCCGAUCCUGCACAACCGGGAGAUCGAAUUCACCCUCCAACACCGGUUCCAUCACAAUCAGUGCUAGGACGGAUACAUCAAAUUACGAGUCAGACCGAUGAGAUCGCGCCUAUAUCGUUUGGUGAUCUGAACUCCGUCGGUGAUUGUCAUCCGGAAUGUGACGGCGGAUGCUCCGAGAGCAGAUCAGCUGUUGCCUGUUUUCGCUGCAAACAUUUCACACAAACGCUACGUAACAAAGCUGGAAAUGGGUUCAAGUGUGUCACUCAUUGCGAUGAUACGUAUUACUUGGAUGGGACGAAUUGCAAGAUGUGCUCUCCACAUUGCCAUUCCUGCACACAAGCUGAGAUCUGCGAGACAUGUCCAGGUGCUCAGCUUCUUGUCUACGUCAAGCAUUCUCCUCAGUUUGGUAAAUGUGUGGAUUCAUGUUCUGAGGGACAAGUUCCAGAUUAUGAGACCAACUUGGUGCAAGCUCGUUGCGUUCUUCGUGGUGAACGAUGCGGUGAAGGCUACUAUUUGAACUCGAUUGGAAAAUGUGAUCAAUGCGAUCCGGCUUGCUCAACAUGCCAUGGUCCAGGUUCCUUGGGUUGUGAUACAUGUGCAAAAGGUUACGGAAAUCGUUCUACCGGUUAUUGUCGAAAGUGUUGUGCUAAUGGAGAACAACCAUCGCAAGAUUAUCGAUGUGAGGAUUGCUCACCUAAUGCUAAAUAUCCUGCACGCCAUCGAAGCUCUAGUUUGGUGUGGUCUUUUGCCUCGAUGAUAGUAGUUGUGGUCAUAGUUUGUCUGUUCGGAAGUGUGGGAUACUGCAUUCUGAAAGAUGAUCGCAAUCAGAUUGAUUACACUCCGCUGCCACACUACAACAGCCAAACCGACGAAGUGCAUAUCUUGGGUUCAGAUUCAGAUGACGAGGAAGAUCCUGUCUUCGAUGCAAAACGCACCGAAAUUUGAUCUCGUCUCGUCUAAGAGCAGCUUAGAUUCUAUGAAAACUGCCAUAUAGGAGAAGUAAGUACGAAAGUAGUUGUUUUUCGUUAAUUUUGUUUCAAAUAGAUUUGCAGCUAUUUUUCAUAGGUAUUUCGAGUAGAUUCCCUGUCAAGUAGGUACUUAGACAGUACUAUUCACAUCUUCUAAUUGUACUAAUUUGCAUUGGCUUCUCACUUAGUUCAAAGCUACUUUUCUUCCUUCCUAAACUCACUUCUCGUUAUUUUCAUAUACCUCUGUCCUUUCCAUAAGCAUAAUUUGCGGUGAAAUGGAGUCACCUUGACCAAUUGCUAUAUCCAAAGGGAACUUGCCUAUGGUACCGCGGGGAUACAGGUGCCGCUAUAUCAUUUAUCAAAAUACGAUCAUUGUGUUUUCAUUGCCUUGAAUUGUUCAGAUGUGUUCCUAUAACCUAAUUAUAAUCGAAAACCAACAUAUUUCGGUUCAACUGUGCCUUUAUCCUUUUACAUUUUCAUGAAGAGACUUUCCUCCAUUCAUUGACCGUCCCAUUCAAGUACUAUUCACUUCAAUGUUGUAUGUGCACUCUACACAGGUACAGCAUCUAUAAUCAAUUCUGUGAUUGUUGUUAAUUUAUCAUAUAUUUCUUUUUCCUAGUGUCAUUCGUUGUUGGUAUUCAUUCGUUACAUAAAAGCUGUGUAUCCUGCAAGUUUGAUGUAUGCAGAAUGUUUUUUCUGCAUUGUUGAGGACCAC